CAGGAGUCCCCUUUAAGAGGCUGGUCGUUGGCUGUGCUGGCGAUUUCAUGCCGGGCGGGAGAGAUCCUGAGUCAUUCACAGCCAUGGCUGCUGCUGCUGCUGCUGCUGCUGGUGGUGAUGCAAAUCCCAUCCAGGAUCUCUGUCAUGAAGCCACUUGCUCCAUCUGCCUGGAAUAUUUCAAGGAUCCAGUGAUCAUCUCAGGGUGUGGGCACAACUUCUGCCGAGCCUGCCUGACCCGGUACUGGGGGGAGUUGGAAACUGGGGGAUCCUGUCCUCAGUGCAGAUAUACGGCUCAGCGAAACAGCGUCAAGCCAAACCGUCAGCUGGCAAAUGUGGUAGAAAUAGCCAGGAAGCUCAACCUCCAGGGGGGAAAGGGAGAAGGAAGAGAGCAGGGAGUCUGUGAGACGCCCCAGGAGCCCCAGAAACUCUCCUGCAAAGACCACAAACCCCUCAUCUGUGUGGCAUGUGAUAAAUCCAAGGAACAUGGAAACAAGGAUCUGAUCUGUACUCGCCUGGAGGUACUGAGAAAAGAGAGAGAGAAAAUUCUGGGAUACAAAGCUGACAUGGAAAAAGAAAGCAGAGACCUGCUUCUUUUAACAGAAAUGGAAAAACAGAAGACGGUCGAAAUGUUCAGACAAUUACGGCAGUUUCUGGAAGAACAGGAGCAGGUUCUUCUGGCUCACAUGGAAGAGGUGGAGAUGGAGAUUGCAAAGAAUAGGGAGGAGCAACUGGCCAGGCUCUCCUGGAAACUCUCCUCUCUCGAAAGGAUCAUGCAGGAGAUGGAAGAGAAACACCAGCAGCAGCAGCCAGCAAGUAAUCUCCUGCAGGGUGUUGGAAGAACCUUGCCGAGGAGUGAGAAAAUGGAGACACUUGUGAAUCCAGCAGCCUUCCCUCCAGAGCUGAAGCAGAGAAUCACAGAAUUCCAUUAUAAAAAUUCCUCUCUAGAGGAAUUCAUGAAGCAAUUCAAAGACACUCUGUUAAUGAGACAACAGUUUCAGAAAGCAAAUAUAACUAUGGAUCCAGACACAGCUCAUCCUCUGCUCAUCCUGUCUGAGGGUGGUAAAAAGGUGGAAUGGGGAAACAGACAGCAAGAACUGCCCGACAACAUUGAGAGAUUCAACAAACUGACUUCGGUGCUGGGACGUGAGGGAUUCACAGCAGGGAGACAUUUCUGGGAAGUCAUUCUGGGAGGGGAGGGAAUGUGGGCUUUAGGGGUCUCCAGGAAGUCUGUGAGGAGAAAAGGCUUCUUUCCCUUCAGUCCCGAGAAAGGAUUCUGGGCUGUAGGAAAGAUUAAUCAUGGGUAUUGCGUCUUGAACCCUCCUGAUUACCUUCCUCUGAGUGGGGAGCCUGAGAGGAUCCGAGUGACUCUGGACUAUCAGGGGAAGCAAGUGUCUUUUUUCAAUGCUGAAACAGGAGCCCUGAUCUACACAUUCAUGGGAGCCUCAUUCUCUGAUGAGACCCUCCUUCCUGUGUUUUGGGUGAAAGAGAAAGCCUACCUCAGAAUUGUGGGAUAGCCAACCUCAUAUAACCAACAUGCUUAAGUCUAAUUAAUGUACUAAGGCAGGCAGCCCUCCAGAUGUUUUGGACUGCAAUUCCUAUCAUCCCUGACCACUGGUCCUUUUAGCUAGGGAUCAUGGGAGUUGUAGGCCAAAACAUCUGGAGAGCUGCAGUUUGGGGAUGCCUGUACUAAGGGGUUAAUGUGAUAGAGUAAGCUGUCCUGCCAGGCUUAGCUAGGGCACUCCUUCGGAAGAAGAUAGGCCAAUCAAAGCCUUUAUUCAACAUCAGUCUACCCGAGAAGCUCAAUGUGUAAGGUCAGAGCAGGUUGCUGCAGCUCAGGCCGCAUGGCUGUUAGAAUCAUCUCUUGAGUUCCUAUACCAAUAAUUUAGGAGCUUUCACCAUUGUAACAAAGCCAGGUUUUACCGCCUGUGUUUUCUGACUGAUGUAUGGAAAAACACAUGAACCUGACCUCUGAAGAGUUUGUAAGUAAACCAAUUUUUAACUUACCAGACGUGUGGCCUUUUUCUAUGCUAGGGGAAGAGGGGAACUUUAGAAGGAACUUAGAAUGACAUAUUGU